AUGCUAUUUCUUUUAGAAUCUGAACAAAGAUUGGCUAUAGUUUCUGACAGACAUAAGAGCAUAGACAAUGCAGUACAUAUGGUGUACCCAAAUGCUUUCCAUGGAGUUUGCAUGUUUCACUUACUCAAUAAUUUGAAAGGCAAGUAUGGGAGCCAUGGAGAAGAGCUACAAAUGAAAUUCAUUGCAGCAGCAAAAGCAUACACAAAGACAGAAUGUGAACACUACAUGAGAGGCCUUGAUAGAAUUGAUAGACACAUUAGGCCCUAUUUAGAAAAAGCCAAGUAUGAAACUUGGGCAAGAUCAUACUCGCCAACAAAAAGAUAUACCAUGAUGACAUCCAACAUCGCAGAAUCACUCAACACUACACUAAAAGCUGCAAGAAAUCUCCCCAUUGAUAUCUUGGUUGAAUGCCUUAGAAGUUUGGUUCAAAAGUGGGUUUGGAACAACUCAAAUAAUGCAAAUGGAACAUUCACAAAAGUCUCUACAGCAACAGAGAAUGAAUUGAGACAUGGCAUUGUUUCAAAAAUGAAGUAUGAGGUCUUGCCUUUCAACACAAUAGAAUACCAAGUUCGUGAUCAAAAGGGGAUAAAUUUCACAGUAAAUAUACAUAAUAGAACAGGUACUUGCAAUAGGUUCCAAGAAGAUGAAAUACUUUGUGGCCAUGCAGUAGCUGCCAUUGCAAAGAGAAACUUGAGUGUGUAUGAUUAUUGUGCAAAAUUCUACAGAACAGAAACGUUGAAAGCAUUGUAUCAAGAAAAUGUUCAUCCUUUGCCCCAUAAAGAUGAAUGGAAUCUCCCACAACACUUGGACAUAAUAGUGCUGCCUCCAAAUGCAACAAUCCCUGCAGGAAGACCAAGAAAGAAACGAAUAAGAUCAAGAGGGGAACAUAAAGUAAUAAUCACCUGUGGGAAAUGUGCACAACCAGAACAUAACAGGAAGACUUGCAGGAAUCCUCCAUUUGAGAAGCCAAACAAACAGAAAAAGCCAAAGACAUAG